AUGGCGCAUCGGAGUGACAGCUCCUAUCGUCAGUACCGCCUUAGCAGUACUUCUCCACCCCUUGGAGGCUCUGCGUUCCCACCUAAUCUAUUCGAUCUCUCCGCCACUCCUUCAGCUCAACCUCUGCCAAACAACACCCAACAACAGUCCACGAUGAGCGCCGCGUUCUUCUACCGCGACCACACAACCCCGGACACCACCCUCUCCGACCAUGAAGAAUGCUCAAUCUGCCUUGACAACUACAAAACGGAGGAGUGUCUGCGCAUCACCAGCAUCCCACGUUGCAAUCACCACAUCGGCGCCAGUUGCCUUGACCGCAUGCUGCGCAGCAACCCCCACGAGGAGAAGAAAUGUCCCCUGUGCCGCGCAGUCUGGAUCCCCGCGCACGUUCUGCCUUUCCCUCCGCGCAACCAGAGUCUGGGUACCUCACGGCGCAUGGCAAACAUGUUCGCAGGCGUUGACGGUAUCGGUGCGGAUAUCGCUGGUAACGAGUUGAUUGGCGCUGGCGCCAUCUCACCUUUACCAUUCAGUGCACCCUCAUCGCCGGACCUUACACCCGCAUCACCAGCAUACGCGCCCACAUCGCCAGUAUACACACCCACAUCCCCUACAUUCCCAGCAAACCCGACAUCCCCGACGUUUUCACCCACCUCACCAGGAUACACACCAACAUCGCCCACAUUCCCAGCAUACCCGACAUCCCCGACGUUUUCACCCACUUCACCGGGAUACUCUCCCACAACUCCCACGUUCCCGACAUCGCCGACAUACACGACUUCCACCCCACCACCCCACGGCAGCCCAGUCCCACCCUGGCGCGAAGAGCCCGAGGCUGCUCCAGUGCAGAACCAGCAGCUCAACCCCAUCGUCAUCGACUCUGAUUCCGACGACGACGCAGGCUACGCCGUCCAGUUCCAGAACUUCGAGAAUUUCAGACGCGAUGUCGCUGAUAUACGGAGUCGAGCAAGAGAGACGCGCGGGGUGAGGAGUAUCAGAAAGAGACGGGCCGCUACUGCUGCUGAGAGGGACCGUGUCAACGCCAGGAAUGAUGACAGCGGUAGUGCCUAUUCGAGCGGUAACAGUGAGAACGCUGCUGCGAAUGGUGAGACUGGUACCGCCAGGUCUCGCGCGUUGAACCGUCUUCUGGGUAACGGGAGGCACCCGUUUCAGCCUGCUGAGUACGCCGCUAGCGCUGGCGCUGGCGCGCCUCCUACUCCCAUGAACGAGGUGUUGGAACAGCGCAGCGAGCCGCAGGAGCGACGUCUAGGAAGCGAGCUACGCCGUGCAAGGACGUUCGAGCAACCCGCCUCGCGAACUGCUGAUCACGCGAGCGCCCGUCGUCGUCGAGCCCCAACACCGUACCGACAGACCCCGAGCCCAAACACCUCAGACACGCCGGUAGACCUUACCACAGAUGAGCCUACCGAACUCUCCGCUAUUCAGUCAGGUUCUGCGCGCGAAGCUGUUCGCAGCAGGCAGCUCGAUCGCCGCGAAGCUUCAUUGUCGCAAGCAAGCAAGUGCUUCUUGAGCGGCAAUUAG